GCGACCGGACGAGUUUGCCAUAGCGCAGAGCAUUCGUUGAGCGUCGAACAAGCGUUCGCAUUUAUUUUCGUAAAGUUGCCGAAGAAGAAGAAGAAGCAGCAGCACCAAGUGAUAAGUGAAAUUUUUGUGAAUGAAAUCGAGCGAAACGCCUACUGCCGUUGGAGCGCGCGUUGAGUCGCAGUGAAAGCGCCGAGUGUUGUCAAGUGAAAGUGCCGUUUGGUCAAUACUCCGCGAGUCAAGUACACGCACUGUUGCACGCGUACUGAACGUGAACGUGAACGCCAUGGGCGCUUGUGUGAUUGUUUGAUUGUGUUGGCCUCUGGGGCAGCUUAAUGUGAGCCAAUGGGCGCAUAAAGGAUCAAGUGAAGAGAUAACGAAGGAAAGUGAAAAUAAAUAAGCAAAUAAAUACCUAAAAACAGCUGUGCGGCUUAAGAGUGUGUGCGCGUAACGGUACAUUUAUUUAGUUGACUGGUGUGGUUUGCGUGCCGCAGGUGCGUCGCAGUGAUUGGAUUGUGGCGUCUACAUUACAGUCGGCUUUUCCGCUUGAUUCCCUUCGUUCGCCAGCAAAGCCGCAACUGGCAUGAGGUUCUUAAAUUAAUGAGCGCAUAUGCACCUAAAAACUUGGGCUCGGCGACCGACCGCCCACACACACUCUCAACGAAAUUGGAGCUUAAUACAAGAACGCUAAUAAUAUUUGGUCCAAAUUAAGCACACAUGAGCGGCUCGAGCGGUUGGAGCGGUUUACCUAAUUCAGCCGAGCAUCAUCAGUCACAGCGCCCAAGGUGCCGGGCAAAAAGCGAAAGGAUAAUUUUCAAGUGUUAACCACAGCUGGAGGACAUUUAACACUUCAGCGACUUUUGGUCUCAACCUUACGAAACAGCUGUGAGAAAGGAAAGUAGAACAAACACCCUAAACGACACCGGUUGGAUACAUAAAACAUCGAAAGAAAAGACGUAUGCGACAAGAAAGCGGAAAGCGGAAGGCGGAAGACAUCCACUGAGCAGCUUUAACAGAAUCUUGAGCGCAACAGACGCGCCUUGUGAUUGGCAAAGGCAACACCUGCCCCAAUAAAUUCAUGUAAAGCAUAGCGUUAAGCAGAGUCAUAAGCAUAGACCACGCGUGGAUUCGUUGAACUUAUCCGAACGCACCGGCAACAGCGGCUGCAGCGGAUCCAAUUCAAACGCGCGUUUCCGCUCGCAAGUGUAGCGGGGAACGUGCUGCAGGUAUUAUCACUGCGGCGCAACAAAAGCCCUUAUUAUCCGCCACAUCUUUGCCACUUGAAGCGAUAGCAACUGCGAAUAUAUCCUUUGAGCGCCACAUUGCACCAAAUAAAGAGCAGCGCGCGCGGCAUCCUCUGAUAUCCCACGAACUAUUCUCUGCUAACAUUACGCGCCACCAAAAGGCAACGCGCGUUCUGCAAAUAAGCUUUGCGGCGAACGCGCUUGAGCUUCCGCCUCACUGCGCCACGCCACCAGGUACACUCAGCCACACGCACGCAUUACGUACAACGAAUUGGGUCGACGUGUCGGCAUGGUGCGCGACAUCUUUCUGUACAUCCUUUUAAUUGUUUUAUUUUGCCUGAUUUUCAUGGCGCAAUUACUGGUGAACGUGUACGCCUUUCAACGACAACCGCCCACCACGAAGUCAGAUCGCGCUGAUAUUAGUUUUGUAUAAGCUUGCCACAGAACGUGACAUAUGAGUUGCGCGGAGGUCGCGCGUUUGCAAAGAAUGGCGGUAGACGCGCUAACGCGCGGUCAGUGGGCACAAACUGACCACAAGAAAGAGUUUAAACCGCUGAGAGUGCUGUUGCGCUAGAGAUGUACGCACAAAAACAAAAGAACAACGGCGCGUUGCUUCGCUUCGCUUAAUCCGGCCGACAAUCAGGUCGCGCGCUGCAGCCAUUGCUAUAAGCGCGUAGAACGUGGGAUUACGGCGGCGGCGGCAGCGGCGGCCACAGCGGAAUGAUUGUGUGGAUUAAUUAUGGCACAAGUGUACCCUGCAGCAAAGUCACGGUUUCAAUUAAAUGUCAGCGCAACAAAGAGAAGUGGGCACUUCGGUUGGAUAAGAGCUGUGACGCGACGCUUUGCAAGCGCCGAUGAGGAGGCAGCGCGAAAAUGCGGAACUUGAGCUAAUUAAGACUUAUGCAAAACUGAAAAAAUUAACUAAAAAGCAACAGUAAAUGUAAAAUGGCAGAGAGAACGACAAGCAACGACAAAUGAAAAACAAAACAAAACUACGAAACGAAGUUAAACGAAUUUCAGCGCGAUGGCAGUAAAAGCAUAAAUUCACGAAGUGUAAACAAAUAAAACCACAAAUGACAUUCCGAAAACUAUAAAUAUUAAUUAAAAAGCGAAAAUAAACAGUGCAACCUAAAUUUAAAACCAAAGUUGCCAGAUAUCAAAAAAAAAAAUAAACGCGUGUAAUUGCGUUGGCUGCAGAAUAAUUUACGGAAAUUUUUAAUUGAAAUACACACAAACGAAAAAACAGCGAAAUUUUGCAGCGGAGGCAGUUGGCAGAGAGUUUUAGUGACUAAGGGUCGGUUUAAAUAAACUUCAGCGUGACAAGGCGCUUUGGUCUGAUGUAAAUAAAAAUAACGGAAUGUUGAUGAAGGUCACAAAAGGAGCUUAGCAGAACAUGUGGUGAUGCCAGGAGGAGGUUUUGAGGGAAGGAAACAGUCGUAUGCGUGUAUAUUUUAGGAUUUAAGAUUUUUUAGAUUACAUAUACAUACAUAUAUACUAUGUUAUAAUAUUA